AUGCUGGCCUGGACCCCAGCCCCAGCCUCCCCAAUUACAGCCCCAGCCUACACCCCAGCCUUAUCAACCUCCAGCCUCAAUUCAAGCCCAGGCCCAGGGCCCCAGCCAGCCCAGUCCCCAGGGUGGCCAGUCCCAGGCUUUAACCCAGGCGUUAACCCAGGGUCUGGAUGGCCAUUCGGCCCUGGUCAGGACCCAGGUGUACAAUCUAGUUGGCCUGAUCAGGACCCAGGUGGCUUCCCACCUGCUACACAGUGGAAUCCGACACCAACUGGACAGAAUGUGCCCUACAAACUGAACCUACAAAGAGGCAUCUACGACAAGAUGAUGCUCACCAUCAUGGGCCAGGUCAAACCAAACGCUAAGCAGUUCACAGUGAACUUUCUGCGAGGUAAUGACAUCGCCUUCCACCUCAACACUCGGUUCAAUGAGGGGGGCAAGCAGGCAGUGGUGAGGAACCACAAGAUGGGAGAGCACUGGGGGAAGGAGGAGAGGCACACACAGGGAGGCUUCCCCUUCAUGGCCGGUCAGUCCUUCGAGAUGAAGAUUUUGGUUACGUCUGGCGAGUUUAAGGUGGCUGUGAACGGAACUCAGCUGUUUGAGUUCAAACACCGCGUCAGAGAACUCAACCAGAUCGAUCGCAUCAACAUCCUCCAUGAUGUCAUCCUCACCUCUGUCAAUGUAGACACGAUACCAUGACAACCAUACAUAUGACAUCCCUAUAUUAUACAACACUCAGCAUAGGCUACAUGCAUAACAUAGUAUCAAUCUGCAGUUAUAGUCUUUGCAACUUUUUUAUGAUGAUGGUGAUGAUGAUUAUGAUGGUGAUAAUGGUGAUGAUGAUUAAGAUGGUGAUAAUGGUGAUGAUGAUUAUGAUGGUGAUAAUGGUGAGGAGCUGCAAACAUAAUACUGCAUUAAUACCCACUAACUCCACAAAAAAACAAAUGUGUGUAAUUUACAAGGUAUGAAGGACUAAGAAUUAAGCAAUGCCAUUUCAUUUAAAUGUGUAUAAUAUUUUAUAUCUAUUUUCUGUUGAACGUCUAUGUAAAUAAACAUACUUUAUGCUUA